CAUACAAAAAACACUUUAGCUAUAUAUAUUUUUUAUUUACCUAUUGAUUUUUUGUGACUACAAUAUAAUGCUACAAACAAUGAUAACAUGAAAUACUCUCAGCUUCCCCGACCCUGGACUAAAACAAAUUAGCCCUUAUCACUGGAAGCAGGUGAUAGCUCAGGCCCCUUUCCAAUCACCUUUUUUUAUAUUGUAACAGCUGCGAGUGAUGCCAAAAAUAAUAAUUAUUGCAAACCGUUAACUCUUACGUGGCGACAGUGUAAGUGUAAUCUGGUGACACAUUUAGUGUAAUCUGGUUACUCUAGCGAUAAAUGUAAUCUGGUGACACUACUUAUUAGUGUAAUCUAGUGACACUAGUGAUUAGUGUAAUCUAGUGACACGACUUAUUAGUGUUAUCUGGUGACACUACUGAUUAGUGUAAUCUAGUGACACUAGUGAUUAGUGUAAUCUAGUGACAGUACUUAUUAGUGUUAUCUUGUGACACUUCUUAUAAGUGUAGUCUGGUGACACAAGUGAUUAUUGUAAUCUGGUGACACUACUGAUUGUUGUAAUCUGGUGACACUAGUGAUUAGUGUAAUCUAGUGACAGUACUUAUUAGUGUUAUCUUGUGACACUACUUAUAAGUGUAGUCUGGUGACACUAGUGAUUAGUGUAAUCUAGUGACACUACUAAUUAGUGUAAUCUAGUGAAAGGACUGACUAGUGUAAUUUGGUGACCCUACUGAUUAGUGUAAUCUAGUGACACUAGUUAUUAGUGUUAUCUGGUGACACUAGUGACUAGUGUAAUCUGGUGACACUACUGAUUAGUGUAAUCUAGUGACACUACUGAUUAGUGUAAUAUAGUGAAAGGACUGACUAGUGUAAUUUGGUGACCCUACUGAUUAGUGUAAUCUAGUGACACUAGUGAUUAGUGUUAUCUGGUGACACUAGUGACUAGUGUAAUUUGGUGACACUACUGACUAGUGUAAUCUAGUGACACUACUGAUUAGUGUAAUAUAGUGACACUACUGAUUAGUGUAAUCUAGUGACACUACUAAUUAGUGUAAUCUGGUGACACUACUGACUGUUGUAAUCUAGUGAAAGGACUGAUUAGUGUAAUUUGGUGACACUACUGACUAGUGUAAUCUAGUGACACCACUGACUGCUGUAAUCUAGUGACAGUACUGAUUAGUGUAAUAUAGUGACACUAGUGACUAGUGUAAUCUGGUGACACCAGUGAUUAGUGUAAUCUGGUGACAGUACUGAUUAGUGUAAUCUAGUGACACUACUGAUUAGUGUAAUCUAGUGACACUACUGACUGUUGUAAUCUGGUGACACUACUGAUUGUUGUCAUCUAGUGACACUAAUGAUUAGUGUAAUCUAGUACCACUACUGAUUAGUGUAAUCUGGUGACACUAACGAUUAGUGUAAUCUAGUGACACUACUGAUUAGUGUAAUCUGGUGACACUAGCGAUUUGUUUUAUCCGGUAACACCCGGUUGACACUGUCGAUGAUUACACUGCCACACGUGAUAAUAACUGAAAAUGCCCAUCCCAAUCAAAUCUUUGAAGAAGUUGUCGACAAACAAUACAAUUGGUUUGUUGAGUGACUCACUUAAUGUACGUGAAACUAUUUAGACGUAUACGUCCUGGUAGCUGACGGGCACAUAUGUUUUGUGGUCGAUAGCGAUAAUUAACACUACCUGUGUAGGAACUAUACUAACAUACGAUCAAUAACGCUCGGUCUGUUGUUACCAGCAUGCAGCCUAUACUACGUAAAGGGGAACACGACCACAACAUACAGCCUAUACUAGGUAAAGGGGAACUCGACCACAACACACAGCCUAUACUACGUAAAGGGGAACACGACCACAACAUACAGCCUAUCCUACGUAAAGGGGAACACGACCACAACAUACCGCCUAUACUACGUAAAGGGGAACACGACCACAACAUACCGCCUAUACUACGUAAAGGGGAACACGACCACAACAUACAGCCUAUACUAGGUAAAGGGGAACACGACCACAACAUACAGCCUAUACUACGUAAAGGGGAACACGACCACAACAUACAGCCUAUACUACGUAAAGGGGAACACGACCACUACAUACAGCCUAUGCUACGUAAAGGGGAACACGACCACUACAAGCAGCUGUGUCGUUUAGGCAAGAAAAACGUAUGUUAUAGGUAACCCGAGCGAGCGACCGUAUUUCUAAAAGAACUGAAAAUAUAACAGAAAAAAUACAUAUGGUCUGACUAACAGUGAAUGGUAAUUUUUGUUUCC